AUGGUCAAUUCCUGUUGUGGCUCUGUCUGCUCUGAGCAGGAGACCUGCUGCCGCCCCAGCUGCUGCCAGACCUCCUGCUGCAGACCCAGCUGCUGCAUCUCCAGCUGCUGCAGACCCCAGUGCUUCCAGCCCUCUUGCUGCAGACCCACCUGCUGCAGACCCACCUGCUGCCGCCCUACCUGCUGCAGGCCCCAGUGCUGCCAGUCUGUGUGCUGCCAGCCCACAUGCUGCCGCCCCAGCUGCUGCAGACCCACCUGCUGCAUCUCCAGCUGCUGCAGACCCACCUGCUGCAUCUCCAGCUGCUGCCGCCCCUCCUGCAGUAGCUCCAGCUGCUGUGGCUCCAGCUGCUGCCGCCCCAGCUGCUGCCCUGGCUGCUGCCUACGUCCAGUCUGUGGCCAAGUCUCCUGCCACACCAGUUGCUAUCGCCCAACCUGUGUGAUCUCCACCUGUCCCCGCCCCAUGUGCUGUGCCACGCCUUGCUGCUGCUCCUAA